AUGUUACCAUAUAAUUUAUGGACGCAAAAUGCAAAUCUCCAAGCCUCAUAUCACGCUUGCGCUUACGUCUUCGUACCAAGAUCACGAGUUCUUAAAUGUAUCGAAGAAUUAGAGGCUAUCGUGAGGCAAAAUGAAUGGGAAAAUGCCAAGAAACUGAUCGACAUUUUAUCUAAUCAUGGCAAAAAAAUGAUGUCGGAGACACAAAGAGAUACUUUAUUUCUUGCAACUAUCCUUAGAGUUUUAAAACUUAUUAGAGAAGAGGCGCUUAAAUGUAUUCAAGGUAUUCAUGCAGAGUUUGAGGAAAAUUUAACGAAUCGGCUUUUUGCUGUUGGGGAUGUGGACUAUUCCAAUGCGUCUGGCUGCAGUCUACGCGAAUCUAUUCUUGCUGCAAUUUCUGACCUUGUUCUUGAGCUAACAUCCGUAUAUGAGUCUAUAUCCGGCUUGUCUCUUGAUUUCAUCCAUUCUGACGAACUAAUAUUAACAAUAGGCUAUUCUAAAGCCGUCUAUCAAUUUUUAAAAACCGCCGCGAAAAGGGGACGUAUAUUCAAAGUCAUGGUGUGUGAAAGCUACCCAGAAAAUAGUGGACACGAAAUGGCAGAAGUUCUCUCUAAAGACAAUGUUUCGGUUAUUCUUGUGCCUGAUAGCCACGCAUUUGGCCUUAUGUCAAGGGUUAAUAAGGUUAUUGUUGAUUGUCAAGCUAUCUACUCAGAUGGCACCCUUAAGGCAGCUACAGGAACCCACGCCGUGAUGCUGGCUGCCAAACGCUGCUCAAUACCAGUAAGCGACUGUCACCGGUCCAUUUUAUUUAUCCUAACUUUACCACUUGUUUUUCGUUUAAAAUUUUUUUGUCGACUUUGA